GCCACUUUGAUAACAAGACAAACCAAUAUUCUGAUAAACAACAGCCUGCUUACACAAUUACAUGUGAGCACUUGAUUUGUGGCAGAGAACAAAUCUGGCACUCUUUGCAUAAUGCAUGACAUCAAUAGUGGUAGGCAUUGAAACUACCUAGGCAAGUCUAAAUUGUCACAUUCUCAUCCAGCGGCGGAUCUAGAAACAGACACAAGACAUGUGUCCCUUCUAAUUUACUUUGAAACAGACACAAGACAUGUGUCCCUUCUAAUUUACUUUUUUAUAUUUUUUCGUCGUUCUGAAUUUUACGUGCCCCUACACUUUAAAUCCUAUAUCCGCCCCUUUCUCAUCGAUUAACAUUAAACUUUGUCACCAACUCUAAGCAAAACAGAGAAAAAUGAGCUCCCUUCCUCCUCUGCAUCAGACCAGAGUCCACAAGCUCGCAGCCCUGAUCAACAUAUCACAUACCUUCAUUCACUCCAUUGCAUUGAUCUUUAUAAUUUUUUACAGACUCUCCUCAUUUUUUUACCCUGGCAACAGUAAAACAGCACCGAAACCUCCUUUUUUACCGUGGCUUCUGACAUUUCUGUCUGAGCUCAUUCUUUCUUGUUUGUGGAUCCUCUAUCAACCUUACGGAUGGCGUCCAAUUUCGCGUACUCCCUUUCCCGAGAACCUUCCAGAAGACGAUGAGCUUCCGGGAAUUGAUGUACUUGUGUGCACCGCUGAUCCUGUCAAGGAGCCACCCUUGAAGGUUAUGAACACUGUUAUAUCAGCUAUGGCUCUGGACUAUCCGCCACAGAAGCUGUCGGUGUAUCUGUCUGAUGACGCGGGAUCUUCAGUCACGUUGCAUGCGAUUAGGGAGGCUUGGGGGUUUGCUAAACCCUGGAUUGGUUUUUGCAGGAGGUAUGGGAUUAAGACUAGGUGCCCGGAGCUUUAUUUUGCGGCUGAGGAUGAUGGUGAUAAGGAUGGCUAUGAUGAUUUCGCGAAAGAUAGAGAAAGCAUAAAGAGAAAAUAUGAUCAAUUUGCCGAAGGUUUGGAGAAAGCUAGAUCAGCUGGUGUAGAGAAAGACAAUCAUGCCAGACUUGGCCAGGCUCAUCCUCCUUUUGUCGAGAUAAUACAUGAAUAUGAUGUUAAUAGCACUGCAGAUGGAGAUGUAGAGAUGCCUCUUCUUGUAUAUGUCUCUAGGGAGAAAAGGAUUGGAUAUCCGCAUCAUUUCAAAGCAGGAGCAUUAAACAUUCUGCUUAGAGUAUCAGGCAUUAUAAGCAAUUCACCAUACAUAUUAGGACUGGACUGCGACAUGUACUUGAAUGAUUCAACCUCUGCACGAGAAGCAAUGUGCUUUCACCUUGAUCAGAAUAUCUCUCCAUCCCUAGCUUUUGUUCAAUUCCCGCAGAGAUUCCACAAUAUUAGCAACGACGACAUAUAUGGUGCUGCUUUGAAACCUGUAUUUGCGUUAAAAUGGCCUGGAAUUGACGGACUUAGAGGACCAAUGCUGUCUGGUACAUGCUAUUACAUGAAAAGAAAGGCACUCUAUGGAAAUGGUCUGGAAGUAAAGGGCACCGAUAUUCAUGAGCUCAAGCUCACCUUUGGUACGUCUAACGAGUUCCUCAAAUCACUUGGAAAGCAUAUCUACCAGCGCAAGGACCUGUACAAUGAAAAGUCAUUGGACACAGUGAUACAGGAAACCAAGUUACUCGCCUCUUGUCUAUUUGAAGAGAACACACAAUGGGGUCAACAGGAGGGAUUCUUGUACCUCUCUGUCAUAGAAGAUUACUUAACAGGAUUUACCUUGCACUGCAAAGGAUGGAGGUCUGCUUUCUGUAAUCCUACAAAGCCUGCAUUCUUGGGCACUGCUACGACAAAUUUAAGUGACACAUUAGUUCAAGGGACUCGAUGGAAUUCAGGCCUGCUUGAGGUAGUUCUUUCAAGGUUCUGCCCUUUGAUUUAUGGACCAUCUAGAAUGUCCCUGCUUCAAACAAUGUGUUAUCAACACUUGGCAUUUCAGCCCUUCUAUUGUCUGCCUGUCUUUAUUUUAGCUACCAUUCCUCAGCUCUGCCUCUUAAACCAUAUCCAAUUGUACCCCGAGGUCCCAAGUCCAUGGUUUCUUUUAUUUUCAUUUAUUUUCCUAUCUUCGUUAUUGAAAUACUACAUGGACAUCGUCUUUGCUGGAGGGACACUGAAGAUGUGGCAUAAUGAGUGGCGUAUGUGGAUGAUUAAAUCAGUUACAUCUUACUUUUAUGGAACUCUGAAUGGAAUUUGGAAUUGGCUUGGUAUGAAAAAAGCCAAUUUCACGCUAACUACAAAAGUUGCUAAUGAAGAACAAUUUGAAAGAUACUUAAAGGGAAUAUUUGAUUUUCAAGCAUCAAGUACGAUACUUUGCCCAAUGGUGAGCAUAGUUAUACUGAAUUUGGUGUCCUUCACUUGGGGAUUUGCUAGUGUGAUUGUUUCAGGAGGAUGGCGCCAAAUGUUUGGACAAAUUAUUCUCUCAUUCUACAUCUUAAUCAUGAGUUAUCCGAUCAUAGAAGGGAUGAUAUUACGCAGUGACAAUGGCAGAAUCCAACCUUCUGUCACAAUACUAUGCAUUGUUGUGGUCAUGAUCUACUUGUCUCUAGGUACCUUUAUACUCAUGUAUGUCAAAUCAUAAUUUACUGUAUACUACAUGGUGCAGAAAAAUAUCUAAGAUUGAGGAAGGACAAUGUUUACUCUUAACACAGAAAUUUUUUGUUAGUUUGUUACUAUCUUUGGGUCACUAUUUUAUGUUCGUA